AUGAAGUUUUCCUCUACUGCUGCUAUUGCCACUUUGGCUGCCGUCGCCAACGCAGACUUGACUAGUGCCGAGGUCUCUGCCGUUAAUGGUUUGUUCUUGGAUAUCGAGUCCAAUGAAGCCGAGUACCUUGGUUUCAUGGAAACCGCUGUUGACUUCAGUUUCCCAACUGCUUUGAUUGGAUUGGUUGAAGAGAUGAUCACAUACACUGAUGACUCUUACACUACUCUUUUCGAGACUAUCCCAGCUGAUGAGUACGCUGAGAUUACCCAAUUGGCUGUUACCCUUCCAUGGUACUCCUCAAGAUUGGAGUCUUUGUUCGAGGCUACCGCUGCUGCAUCUUCCGCUGCUGCCACUACUGAGGCUGCUUCAUCUGCUGCUGCCACUACUGAGGCUGCUUCAUCUGCUGCUGCCACUACUGAGGCCGCUUCAUCCGCUGCUGCAUCUUCUGCUGCUGCAACUACCGUUGCCGUUGUCUCUUCUGCUGCUGCAUCCUCUACUGCUGCUGCCGUUUCUACCUUCACUGGUGGUGCUGCUGCUGCUGGCAUGGCCGGUUUGUCCGUCGGUGCUUCCAUUUUGGCUGUCCUACUUUUGUAA